UACAGCUCAUAAAAAAUCUAGUCCUUGCAGUGAUGCCACACUACCUACUGUGAACGCAGCCCAGCACAGGAGGAGCAGCUCAGCUACAGCUGGCACCAACAGAUCUGGCAAAACUUCCUGAACUAGGCAUGAGAUACAAAUCUUGAGCUGCAAGCUCUCUUGAUUUGGCUUCAGGGAGGAGUAACACAGAGUGAUAGCUCAGCAUAUUGCAUCACAUCUUUUGUAUCAGGUAUUAUCAAGACCUUGAAGGGAUGUCAACUCUAAAAGUAAUUUCUCACUGAAGACAUGAAUGCCACCAGUUGUCAAUUCUAUCCAGUAGGUGGUUCUACACAGGGUAAUUGUUUGGACUUGAAUGUCUAGGUCAAGAACCAGUCCUUGGGAGCCAUGGAUGAUUGCUUUGCUUGUGUUAGCGAUAUUGCUGAUCUUAGCCACUGCCAUUGGUUUGCUUGUCUACUUUUUGAUAUAUGAUCAGAAACAAUUCUUUUACAAUGCUUCCUUUAGAAUCAAUAAUGUGCAAUAUCAGCCUAACUUUGACAAACAGACUUCAGCAGAAUUUAGAGAACUGAGCAGAAGUAUUGAGGUUUUGAUUAAGCAAGCAUUUCAAGCUACUCCUUUAGAAAAAAGGCUCAUUAAUGCACGUGUUGUCAGGUUAAGCCCAGGGAAUGACGGUGUCCUGGCAGAUGUGGUGCUAAUAUUUAAGUUCAUUGCCACAGAUAAUAAAGAGAUACUCUGGACAAAUAUUUAUCAUAUUUUGCUAAAAAAGCUGAAGUCAUCAACAUGGCCCUUAAGUAUUGAUAUUUCUUCAUAUAAGCUCUCAGAAAUAAAUGAAGAAAGUGGUACAAAUCUUCUGAACAGUUGCUGUGGGACACGACUAGACAGAUCUGUGGAGAGAAUCUAUGGAGGAACUAUUGCAGGAGAAGGAGAAUGGCCUUGGCAAGCUAGUCUCCAGCUGAAUGGUGUUCACCGUUGUGGAGCAACAUUGAUCAGCAGUAACUGGCUUGUGACUGCUGCUCAUUGUUUUAGAGGAGUCCGAGAUGUCAGAAGUUGGACAAGUAGUUUUGGGGCUCGUCUAAGCCCUCCAACCAUGAAAAGGAAUCUUCGCCAGAUCAUCAUUCAUGAGCAUUAUGCUAAUAAUGUCAUGAACCAUGAAUUUGAUAUUGCUGUUGUACAGAUUUCAUCCCCAGUGGAAUUUACAACUGCUGUACAUCGUGUUUGUCUUCCAGAAGCUUCAUAUAUUUUUCCAGAGAAUACCACUUGUGCUGUUACAGGAUUUGGUGCUCUUAAAGAUGAUGGUCCCAGUGUUCGUGAACUUCGACAAACAGAAGUGAAAAUUAUAGGUAAUGAAAUUUGCAACAAAAGAACAGUGUAUAAUGGAGCCAUUUCAUCUGGAAUGCUUUGUGCUGGAUACCUGGAAGGAGGAAGUGACGCUUGUCAGGGUGAUUCUGGUGGACCAUUGGUUACAUCUGAUUCCAGAGGUAUAUGGUACCUUGUUGGCAUAGUAAGCUGGGGAGAUGAAUGUGCUAAGCCAAAUAAACCUGGAGUCUAUACACGAGUUACUUACUAUCGAAAUUGGAUUGCUUUCCAUACAGGAAUCUGAAAUAAUGACAAGUAACUUUAUAUUAAUGUAUGAGAUGUUCAGAGUUUUGCAGCGUAAAUUCAGUGCCAGAAAAAUAAACACAGAUGGCUGAUGCUUCAUUUAACCUCUUUAUAAACAUAAUAGAUAAA